UCCGUCUAUUCACAGCAGAGCAGCACUAUCUGCGCAACAGGAGACGGGGAGGGGAGAGGAACGCGCUCUGUCCUCUGUCUGGACAGCAGAGGAGACGACUUAAACCCACAAAGACUACCUUAUUAAAACUUCAGAACAACACCGUAAACAUGAGUUUGUACGGCUCCAACCAGAGACUGCACCAAAUGGGCCCGAGAAGUAACUCUCGGCCGGAUUUGGCGAGUCCAAGCUUCAGAAACGACGUGUUUGUCGGUGGAAACGACGUUCAUGGAGACUACCAGGGGGAAGGAUACACCUAUACCACCUUUACCAGGUCCUCCAUGCACGGCGGGGGAGGCGGACAGAAGAUUUAUGUUAGCAAGGGCGGAGGUGGUGGAGUAAGUGUACUUGCUAUCCAGCAAAAAGCGAUGUUCCUAACAGGCCAGUGCCAGGAGUUCCUCCAGCAGGCAAAGAUGAUCAUUCAGAAUAGGGGCCCAGCAGGAGAGGCAGAAAGGCUUUUGAACAUGGCUGCUGAAAGCAUGGACCAGUUGAGUGUGUGCGGCAGAGAGCUGCAGCAGAUGCGUAUACCCAACAACGUCUUUCAAGACUUAGAACACUUCAAGCAGUUGCAUGUCUUCAUCAAACAGCACUUGGUUGGAGGUCUGGGCAUAAGACCGGCCAGUGUGAGCUCCCUUGACGGGGGCAGGGUCUUUGAUGAUGCCAUGGCCUGGAUUGCACAACAGAAGCGCAUGAUCGAGAUGGCUCCAUUUGGUGAUGACGCUGAAUCCAUAGAGAAGCAAAUCAUGAGCCACAGCAAAACCCACAGCUCCAUCCAGAGAAGCCAGGAGGUAGACCUAGCCAGAAAUGAACUGCGUUCAAGGGGGGAUAAGUACAACGGUACCAUCCUGGAACAGGAAUGGGACAGUCUGCAGAAAAUGUCCAGCAACCGCAUGGUGCAGCUGCGGGAGCUGCAGGGCAUCAUCCAGGAAAUCUCCCGAGCUAUCAUGUGGGUGAAUGGGAAGGAGGAAGAGGAGCUGGUUUUUGACUGGGGACACAAGAACAUUGAUCAGUACAUCAUAAAGAAGCAAGAGAGCUACUCAGGUCUGAUGAGGGAUCUGGAGGAGAAAGAGAAGGAGCUAAACAAGCUAAAGCUAAAAGCAGACGGCCUCCUGAACAACAACCAUCCCGCCUCAGAUAAGAUUGAAGCUUAUAUGGAUACCCUGCAGACCCAGUGGAGCUGGCUUCUCCAGAUUACCAAGUGCAUUUCUGUGCAUUUGAAGGAGAAUGCUGCCUACAGCCAGUUCUUCAAAGAUGCCAAUGAGACCUACGCAAAGCUGCAAAAGGAGCAUGAGAACAUUCGAAGCAAGUUUACCUGUGACAAGGGCACUUCUCUGGAGAACCUCAAUGAACUCCUGAAGAACCUGGAGAGAGAGAGGGAGCAAAUAGUGGAGCAGAAGAGGCAGGUCCAAAGUCUGGUCAACAAAUCUAAGUCCAUUGUGAGGCUUAGACCUCGCAACCCAGAGGAGAAGAGCAGCAGCCCUGUGAUGGUACAGGCCCUAUGUGACUUCAAACAAGACCAGAAAGGCAUAUUCAAAGGGAAUGAGGGCAUCCUGAAGGAUAACUCACAGCGCAGUAAAUGGCUUGUGACAGGACCUGGAGGCCUGGAUAUGAUGAUCCCCUCUGUGUGUCUCCUGAUCCCCCCACCAAACCCGCUCAGCGUCAGCCUUGCCAACAAGAAUGAGCAGUAUUAUGAAUCCAUCAUGGGCAUCUGGAACCAGCUUUACAUCAACAUUAAGAGUCUCAUCUCGUGGCAGUAUUGUGUCAAAGAUAUCAACUACAUCAACUCCCUCACACUCACCAUGCUGUCUAAAAUGCCUCCUGAGGAGUACCGCAGAAUUAUUAAAAGCCUGGAGACUCAUUACCAAGAGUUCCUGCUUACCAGCCAAGGCUCUGAUCUGUUUGAGGAGAAAGACAAGGUCACCAUCAAGGGCUACUUUGAUGAAGCCCUGGUCCACUAUGAUACAUUAGUACUUCAGCUGCAUUCAGCUAACAAUGAAGAGGUGAAGCCAGAGGGGAAGCAAGAAGAGAAGUCAGAACCCCCUAAGCCACAACCUCCAACCCCCUGUCUAACGCCCAAGAUUACCCUCAACCUCAGACUGCUCACCAGUCUGCAGGAGAUCCGGCGCAGGCUGGAGCUGGCAGAGUCUGGUCUCACCAGCCAUCUCCACAUUCCCCUGGGAGAGAACAGUGUGCAUGAGUGCACAGUGCACAUCCAGAACCUGCAGGCUGUGCAGCAAGACUUGGACUCCAUUCAUAAUGAGUUAGUUCUCCUAAGAGUAAAGAUAAAAAAGCAGCUGGAAGGAAUACCUGCAGACUCAGAGCAGGCCAAGUUCCUUCGCAAUGAGUGGGAUAUCAUCAACCAAAAACUGGGAGGCCUCAUGGGACUGUAUUCUGCAUACAGUCAAAGGCUGUCAGCUCUUCAGGGCUUACUCCAAAGCCUUCUCCAGGCUGAAGACAUCAUUAAAGUCAAUGAGGCCCGGCUGACAGAGAAGGAGACCUCCUCACUGGACCUAAGAGAGUUGGAGAUCCAACGAGGCACUCUAAAGCAAAUAAAGAGUGAACUGGAGCAAAAAAGAGACCUGCUGACAGCCAUGGAGUCUGAUCUUAAAAAAGCCAUGCACUGGAACAGUCAAAUCUCAGAGCCUUUCCACAAGUGUGAUGUGGAUUUGUCCAAAUACUCUGAUCUGGUGGGUCAGCUGUCUGAUCGUUGGCACCGCAUCCAAACCCAAGUUGAUAGCAGAGUGUGGGACUUGGAGAAGCAAGAGAAACAGCUGAAACAUUAUCAGCAGGGCAGCACUUCCCUAGACCAGUGGAUAGACAAUGCCAGGAAGCGCCAGGACGACAUGCAGAUGGUUAAAUUCAACGAUGUCCAGACUCUAAUGGAUCACCUCAACCAACAGAAGGCACUUCACACAGAAAUCAAAGGAAAAAAGGAGAAAGUAGAGGAUGUGCAGAAAAAUGCAGAUACCUGUGCUGCCUCCAUAAAGGACUAUGAGCUACAGCUGGCCUCCUACAGUUCAGGCCUGGAAACUCUGCUUAAUAUUCCUAUCAAGAGCACAAUGCUUCAGUCCCCGGCAUCAGUAGUUAGACAAGAGGCAGCGGACCUUCAGUCCAACUACAUCGAGCUUCUUACCCGCUCUAGUGACUACUACAAGUUUCUUGGGGAGCUGCUAAAGAACAUGGAGGAUUUAAAGAUUAGGAACACUAAGAUUGAGAUGCUGGAAGAGGAACUGAGGCGUUUGAAGGAAGACAUCCGUGAUCGAAAUCAGAAAACCAAGGCACUGGAGGAUGCUUUAUCCCGCUAUAAGCUGGAGCUCACUCAAUCAAAAGACCAGCUCAUUUCUUUGGAGGAAGAGAAGAGAACCAUUGUGAUACAACUUAAUACCGCCAGGGAUAGCCUGAACAGCACAAACAGCCAGCUUCCAGAUUUAAAUGAUCAGUUAAUGCGCAUUAAAUACCAGCUGGAUGAGGAGAAACGAAGUAGAAGGUUGGCAGAGGAACGCUACACAAGUCAGCAAGAAGAGUAUGAGGCAGCAGUGCGUCGUAGACAGAAAGAACAGGAAGAGCUCAACUGGGCAAAGAUUGACUUGGAGAAAGCCGUGAAGGACAAGGAACGUGAACUAGAGAGGCUGAAGAUACUGCUGGAGGAGGAAGCAACACGUCGACGAACCGCUGAAUCAGAAAUCUCACAGGUAAGAACACAGUGCACCCAGGAGAUUAAACAACUUAAGCUGACAUACGAGACAGAGAUCCACGCCACCAACACCACAUUCCUGAGUGCCUCGCAGCAGAAAGAGGAGGAUGCAGCAGAGCUGAGACUUCAAACUGACAGACUAACAAAGGAUAAGAGAGAUCUGGAGCAGGAGCUGAUGAGGAUGAGGCAGUCCAUUGCUCACACAGAAGAACAGAGGAGCAGAGCAGAGCACGAGGCCAACCAGCAGAGGGCCUCAGUGACACAGGAGACAAGGAUUCGCAGUGAGUUGGAGAUCCAGCUGAGAACACUCAUGAACCAGAAAGAAGAUGAUGAACACAAUCUAAAGGAAGCCAACAAGAGCAAUCAGGAAAAGUCCAGGCAGAUCAGCAUACUAACAUUCAACCUGGAGGAGGAGGGGAAAAAGAGGAGAGCACUGGAAUUAGAAAUCAAUCGUCUAAAGCAGGCUGAGGCAGAGCUGAAGGCAAGGAACACAUCAUAUGUGGAGGAGAUCAAAAUGCUUAAAGUGUCUGAGCAGGAGAUGCGCAUCACUCGAAUAGAGCUGGAGAAUCAGACAAGUGAGAAAAAGAAGGCUGAGCAGAGUUCUGCCAGGCUACAAAACCGCAUCCAAGAACUUCAGGGAUCUCUGGAUAGAUUGGAUGCUGAGCUGGAAAAGCAAAAGAAGUCAACCCAGGAGGAGUUCACACGUAGAAAGAGAAUGGAGGCAGAGCUGGAAAGGAUGACACAUACUUGCAGAGAGCACACCACUACAAUUAACACACUGAAAACCAUCCAGAUAGAGGCAUCCAAUUCUGGGAGGAAGUAUGAGCAGGACCUCAGUGCCCUCCAGGCUGCCCUGGAUAAGAGCCUAAGGGAUCAUAAAAUCACAAAGGAUGAACUGGCAGCCGUUACAGCCGAGCUGAGGGCACUCAAACAAAAACUCCUACAGGAAGAGGCUCGAAUUCGUGAACUCAACCAACGUAAUGAGAGUCUGUACAAGACCAUUGAAGAAAAGAGCCGCCAACUUAACGAUUACACCACAGAGAUCGAGAAGCUGAAGACGCUGACGCAGAACCUGACAAAGGAAAGAUUGAGGCUGGAGGAGGAGCUGAGGGUGGUUAGACAGGAGAGAGAUGACAUAAAGAAAAACAAGGAUACAGUUGAUGGAGAAAAGGCGUCUCAGAUCUCAUCCCUGCAUGUCCAGCUUCAGAGUAGCACCAAGAGGACGACGGAGCUCCAGGCUCUCAUCAAUGACCUGACCAGAGAGAGAGAAAAGCUAAAAGUGGAAAUUGACAAAAUACAAAAGCAAUCUAUUGAGACAUCCAUUGUAGCGCAUAAGUCCCAAAGCCAGUACAGUGAACUGCUGAUGGAAAAGAACAGCUUGGUAACCAAGCUUAAAGGACUUGAGCAAGACAGGCCCCGUAUGCAGCGCCUCGAAGAGGAGCUCAACCGCAUCAAGAUAACAUUGGAAACUGAAGUCCACAACAAACAGCGGCUUCAGGAGGAAAAGAAUAACCUCCUCAAGGACUUCAACUACAUGAAGAGCCAGUUUGAGAUCAGGGACAGCCAGAUUAAGCAGUGGGAGUCAGACAGAGACAAGUUUGAUCGAGAGAGGCUCUCCCUGAAGAAUGAGAUCGAGAGACUUACAAGGGAGCUUAAAAGCAUCGAGGAGAGGUACAAGAGUCGACUGUUCAGCUCUGAAAAAGAAGCAAAAGACCUGGCUCUUAGGAGAGAUGCAUUGGAGAGAGAGAUUCUGAGGCUGCAGCAGAGACCAAGCACCAUCAGCAGGCAGACCCAGACAGAUGAGAAGAUCCCAACAAUCGAUCCGUCCAAGCUGAUCUUUGAUGGAGUGCGCCGCAAAGUCACUGCCCACCAGCUUUGUGACUGUGGCAUAAUCAGUAAAACCACUUUAGACCAGCUCCUGAAGGGACACAAGACUGUAGAUGAGGUAGCCGUGGACAUCCAGCAGAGUCUGAAGGGUACUGGUGUCAUUGCCGGCAUGAUAACUGGCUCUCAAGGAAAAAUGCCAUUCACUGAAGCCAAACACAAGAACCUCCUUAGUCCAGAGAGCGCCCUUAUGCUCUUGGAAGCUCAAGCAGCGACAGGUUACAUCAUUGACCCUGCAUUUAAUGAGAAGAUGCAAGUGGAUACUGCCUGUUCAAGAGGAAUUGUUGACACAGAAGAUAGAGACAUCUUAGUGAAAGCUGAAGCAGCUAGCACAGGCUUUAAAGAUCCCUACACUGGCAAAGUGUUAUCUGUGGGUCAGGCUUGUAAACAGGGCCAUGUAGAUAAAGAUACAGCUGUCCGCUUGCUUCAGGCUCAAGAAUCUGUUGGAGGCAUAAUCGACCCUGUUUUGAGCGUCUACCUUCCGAAAGAUCUGGCCUUAGAUCGGAAUCUUAUUGAUGAGGAUCUCUACAGAGCUUUAAACAAAAAGCCCACCUGCUACCUGGAUCCAGCAACCAGUCAGAAGACAAACUAUAAUGACCUGAGGAAUAAGUGUUCAGUGGACCCUGUUUCUGGUUUACUUCUACUUCGUGGUCCAGAAAAGCCCAUGACAGUGCAGGGUCUUCGUGAUGUAGUCCCCAUCACAGAGCUCAUCGAUGCUGGACUGCUAGAUGAAACUGAUGCAGCAAAGCUCAAUAGGGGUGAAUUAACCUGCAGAGACAUCGAAGACAAGCUCAGGUCCUAUCUUUAUGGCUCCACCUGCAUUGCAGGGAUCUACGAUGAGGCCAAAGACCGGAUAAUGCCUUUUUAUCAGGCUAUGAAGGAUGGCCUGCUCAUGAGAGGAACCACCCUGGAGCUCCUUGAGGCUCAAGCUGCUUCUGGUUUCAUUGUUGAUCCAGUUAACAAUGUCUUCUUGACAGUAGAGGAGGCCUCAAAGAGGGGGCUGAUCGGAAAAGAGUUUAAGAACAAGCUGCUGUCUGCAGAGAAGGCGGUAACUGGAUACACAGACCCACACACAGGAAAGAAAAUCUCCCUCUUCCAGGCUAUUGAGAAAGAUCUUAUUGAAAAAGGUCAUGGAAUCCGUCUUCUUGAGGCCCAGAUAGCCAGUGGUGGGAUUAUUGACCCUAAAGAGAGCCAUCGUAUUGAUGUCGCAGUUGCCUAUAAAAGAGGAUAUUUUGAUGAGGAGAUGAAUGAGAUCCUGACUUAUGAAGGAGAUGACACCAAAGGUUUCUUUGACCCUAACACUAAAGAGAACCUGACCUAUCUUCAGCUGAAGGACAGGUGCAUCACUGAUAGCAAAACAAACCUAAUACUCCUGCCUCUCAGAGACAAGAAGAAAGCCAAGAAAUCAGAGGAAAGCCGUACCAAUGUUCUUCGUAAAAGGCGAGUUGUGAUCGUUGAUCCAGACACUGGGCUGGAGAUGUCAGUGAGGGAGGCCUAUCAUCGGGAGCUUAUUGACUAUGACACAUUCCUUGACUUGUCAGAGCAGGAAUGUGAGUGGGAGGAAAUAACCAUCACAGGGUCUGAUGGCUGUGCACGCUUGGUUAUAGUGGACAGGAAAACAGGAACCCAGUAUGACAUCCAGGACUGCCUGGACCGCAAGAUCAUUGACCAGAAGUCAUUUGAUAAGUAUCGUGCUGGAACACUAACCUUGACCCAGUUUGCUGAUGAAAUAACAAGCAGAACCAGUGCCAUAGAGAUGGCCAUUUCAGCCAGCAAUGUUGACGACAUAGUCACCUGCAGCAGUCCCAUCCAGGCUGCACCAUCUUCUCCAACCGUCCGUAAACGCUUCAACAGUAUUUCUAUCACUGUAUCUCCCCCUGAGAUGUUUGACGACCAGAGCCCAGUGGCAGCUAUAUUCGACACAGAGACCUUGGAGAAAAUUACAAUACCUGAAGCACUUCGAAGAGGCAUAGUCGACACUCUUACAGCACAGAGGCUUCUAGAGGCCCAGGUAUGCACAGGUGGCAUUAUCAAUCCUGCCACUGGUGAGAGACUAUCUCUCCAAGAUGCAGUGCAUCAAAGCAUCAUUGAUGAAAGCAUGGCCAGUAAACUUAAACCUGCCCUGAAAGCCUAUGUUGGCUUUGAGGAUGUGAAAGUUAAAAGGAAGAUGUCUGCAGCAGAAGCAGUGAAAGAGACAUGGCUGCCUUAUGAUGCUGGCCAAAGAUUUUUAGAGUUUCAGUACCUGACAGGAGGCUUGAUAGAUCCAACUACUGGAAGCCGCAUCACUAUUGAAGAGGCUAUCAGCAAAGGUUGGCUGGAUGGUAGAGGAGCCCAGAAGCUUCAAGAUACAAGGAACCAUCAGAAGAAUUUGACCUGCCCUAAGACCAAACUGAAGAUCUCCUACAAAGAAGCCAUGGACAGCUGCAUGGUGGAGGAAAGUAAUGGGAUGAAGAUGCUGCAAGCCUCGUCCAUUUCCUCAAAGGGAAUCAGCAGCCCUUACAAUGUUUCUAACCCAGGAUCCCGCUCUGGGUCCAGGGCUGGCUCCCGAACCGGCUCCAGGAGUGGAUCUCGUAGAGGCAGUGUGGAUUACUCUUCUUCUUACAGCAUGAGCUUCUCCACCACCAGUACAUCCCAUAGCAGCAGCUCUCACUUUUAACAACCUUAACAAAUGAAAUUAAACUAGACACAUACCAGCAGCUCCUAUGCAGUUUGCUUUACUAAUUUUUUUCUGCUAUCUGUGAGAUUUUGUGUGUUUUUAUAAAUCCUUACACUGAUUUAUUUGAAUUCUCUGAUUUUUUUUUAAAGUUUGCGGUGAUUUGGUGUUUUCAAUAUCAUAUAAACUACAAAAUAUCAAUGCUUUUUCUAACAUUCACAGUAAUUGAAUGUAUUUGUUAUUGCUCAUUUGAACAUAAGGGUUUUUUUUAGAAUUAAAAGUUAUUUUACUGUAUGCUUGUUAGCCUCAACUCUAGCAGAGAGGCAACAUUAAAUCUGUUAUUUUUUGUAGUGUGUUAUUCGCUCCUUGACUAAAAUGUGUUUUGUUUUUUAGAAAAUUAUUUGUCUGACACCUACAAACGCUGUUUUGGAUGAGAAUACUGACUUGAGUUUUAAAUGAUCAACCUGAAAAUGUUUGGCAAUUGAAUUGUUGUCAUGAGAUUGAAAAUAAAUUUUUCUCAACAA